UUGAACAGGGAAGGACAUGGUAAAAUUUCCGUUUUUGCAGUCAAAAUGGCCUUGGCAACUCUUUGUGGAGGAAAGAUAAUGGACAAAUUAAGAUAUAUAUUCUCGAUGAUUUCAGACUCCAGUGGAGUGAUGGUUUAUGGCAAAUACGACUUGUUUCUGCGGGAAGUUCUCAAGCUGCCCACAGCUGUUUUUGAAGGGCCUUCAUUCGGUUAUACUGAGCAAUCAGCAAAAUCUUGUUUCUCACAACAGAAAAAAGUCACGUUAAACACUUUCUUGGAUACUCUCAUGUCUGAUCCUCCGCCACAGUGUCUGGUGUGGUUACCACUUCUCCAUCGGCUGGCAAAUGUGGAAAAUGUCUUCCAUCCCGUUGAGUGUUCCUACUGCCACAGCGAGAGCAUGAUGGGGUUCCGCUACCGCUGCCAGCAAUGCCACAAUUACCAGCUCUGUCAGGACUGCUUCUGGAGAGGCCAUGCCAGCGGUUCCCACAGCAACCAACACCAAAUGAAAGAGUACACGUCAUGGAAAUCACCUGCUAAGAAGCUAACUAAUGCACUUAGCAAGUCUUUAAGCUGUGCUUCCAGCCGUGAACCUUUGCACCCAAUGUUCCCUGACCAGCCUGAAAAACCUCUAAACCUGGCUCAUAUUGUGCCCCCCCGACCUGUAACCAGCAUGAACGACACACUCUUCUCCCACUCAGUUCCCUCAGGAAGUCCCUUUGCCAACAGAAGGUUACUUGGGGGUAUAAGUGUAGCCAGUCCUGUGGCUGAUGAGCAUUCUCUUAUAAGGCUGUAUGUAAAUCAGCUUCACAACAAUUCACGGUCAGUAUGAGAGCACUAACCCACUAACUGCCGUAGUUCUGUAGCUCAUGCACUAAAUCAUUAGCAAUUCUGCUCAAUUACUAAAGAUAGUCUUUAAGGAAGGACUCUGGCGGGCUAGAGGAUUUCUUACGGCUCUAAUUAUUCUUUUGAUUAGACUUCCUGCUGGCUGUGGGCUUUGCCAACUUUCCUUGCUUUCGCACAGCACUAAUCUUUCAUUUCACCUUUUCACGUAGGAUUAAUAUUAUGCAUCUGGAGGAAGUUGGAUACGUUGUUUUUGAAAGCCAAAAAAUGCACCUCUAUGUUUGGAUCUUCAGUGCAUGACUUCCCGGGUGUAUUCCUGACAGAGGCAUGAAAGAGGCUCGCAGAAGAGUCUGGAAGCGAUUCCAAGUCCCACAGCCAGCCUGCCCUCCCUUGUCCACAACUCUUGCUGCUGCGAGUUACCGGUCAGCAGUUAGUGCUGCUUGUCAAUAACCCUCCCUGAACCACUUUGCUUUGCUUUUCAAAAUGGCCACAGAAAGGCAGGUGUAUAUCCUCCUGAAGUUAGUGAAAACCUUCCAGUUACUCAGGGAGCUUCAGAGGUGGACCAGUGCUUCUGGCUGAUGCUCUUCUCCCAACAUUCUCUCUCAUUGUAGUGACGUGCAGGGAGAGCCAAAUUCAUGUUCGGUAAAAGUACCCAACUGGAUAAGAACAAUUUCCCAAGUUUUUAUUGUGGAGUAUAACAGCCUUUCUUUUUUUCAUCUUUGAUUAGUGCAUGAGAUUAGCUAUAAUUCAGUGAGAAAGUACUGAGACAAAGGUACUUUUUUCCUAAAUGCCAACUUCUUCAAUCUGUAUUAGACUAAUAACAGUAUCUUCGUUCGUUCUUGUAGGUUUUACUGUUAUUAUUGCCCUGGGAGAAUCAGGCCUCAUUAGUGGAAGCUCAUCCUCUCAUACAUCAGAGAAACAGACUUUGACAGCCUUGUUUGCAGUUCUGCUGAUUUCAUAUUAAAUGCUCAGUGAUUCAUGUUAUAAUAAAAAUUGUACAAAUCUAGG